AGAAACGAAGUUUUAGAAAGAGAGAGAGAGAGAAAGAGGAGAGGAAGGAAUUUAGAGAGAGAAAUAUAAGGAGGAAAGAAGCGAGAGAAGAGAGACAGAGACAGAGAUAGAGAGAGAAUGGGGUUGAAAUCUCUCUCUACUUUCACGCGCUCCUUAUUCUUCCUCUUCUCUCUCUCCUCUGCCUUGGCCUUCACGGCCCCUGUUAAUUUCACCACUCUCGCAUUCGACGAUGGCUUCUCGCCUCUCUUUGGAGAUGGAAACCUUCAAAGAUCACAGGACGGACGCCGUGUUCGUUUGCUCCUCGAUGAAUCCACCGGUUCGGGAUUCAUAUCACAGGAUUUGUACAUGCACGGAUAUUUCAGCGCUGAUAUAAAGUUGCCUUCUGAUUACACGGCAGGCGUGGUCGUCGCUUUUUACACAUCAAAUGGAGAUAUUUUUGAGAAAAAUCACGAUGAAUUGGACUUUGAAUUCCUGGGAAAUAUUAGAGGAAAAGAUUGGAGAAUUCAAACAAAUGUGUACGGGAAUGGGAGCACAAGCCGUGGGCGUGAGGAGAGAUACAAUCUUUGGUUUGAUCCCACCAAUGGCUUCCAUCGCUAUAGCAUUUUGUGGACCCAAAAACACAUCAUAUUCUAUAUUGACAGUGUCCCGAUCCGUGAAGUAGUCCGAACUCCGGCCAUGGGAGGUGACUACCCCUCGAAGCCGAUGUCUGUAUACGCCACCAUAUGGGAUGGCUCGAAUUGGGCCACCAACGGUGGCCGGUACAAGGCAAACUACAAAUACGCUCCCUUUACUGCUGAGUUUUCGAAUUUAGUCCUCAAGGGCCGCCCCUCUGACCCGAUUGAGCAGAUCUCAGCCAAGUCCUCAGAAUCCGGUGACUCCUUUGGUGAAAAUACCGAACUAGCCCAUGCGCAAAGACUCUCCAUGAAUGGAGUUAGGCAUAGGCAUAUGACCUACUCUUAUUGCUACGACAGGGCCCGAUACCCCGAGCCGCCCUCGGAAUGUGUCGUAAUUCCAUCUGAGCAAAAGAGGUUCAAGGACACUGGGAGGGUCAAAUUCGGAAAUGGACACAGACGUCACGGGAAGAGGCGGACCCGUAAUCCGAUGCCGGAAUCUGACCACAAAUCCGCCUCUAUUUAAAACCCCUUUUUUUGUUUUUUUCUAUCCAAUGAAAAACAAUUUCUCAAGAAUUUGAAUAAUUAAGGAUUUUAUUUAUUUAUUUUAAGGGGAAGUGGUUGCAGCACGUGUGGGCCCAUGUUACUCACGUGGGUGGUCGUUGCUUUAAGGUUGAGUGCCCAUGGCAACAUCUUUUAUAUAUAUAGAGAGAGAGAGAGAGGGAGCCUUGUGACAUAUUAUUAUUGAAUAAUACUCCUUUUGUAAUUAUUGGCAAUAA